AUGUCUCACCCUUUGAAAUCGACUGGUUCGCUCUUUCUGAUGGCGGCGGGCGUCGUCAGCGCUGCCACAUGCCCAAUCCAGUUUGACGGGAGAGUCCCCUCGGGCUUCACCCCGGCCGACUUUGACACAUCUGCCAGCCCGUUUAAUAAUGGGUUUGUCUUCGGAAAGGGGCUCAAGGCCAGUGACGUAGUUACCAUCCCAGCGGGCUUGUCAUCCCUUCUUGACGGCCCGUCCAAUAAGCCCUUCCAGGUCAACAUCGACGACAGAUCCAUCUUCGCCCCGACGGAGACGAACGUCCAGACUGGCUUCCGGCGGGCGGAGAUGCUGCCAAUCAGCAACAACGGCACCGACCCGUCGACGUCCGGUAUCAAAACCUUGCACUGGAGCAUGAUGAAAGAUCCGGCGCGACCGCUCAACCUGACGCACGAGUAUCAGAUGGUCUUCUUGGAGAGCUCCAUAUUCAGCUCGAAUCAGUUCGCCCUCAAGUAUGGCGACCUCAUCGGCAUCCACCCAGCGGACCCCGACGUGCUGCACCUGUUUGGGAACUCCAACACCAACCCCUCGCCGGAGCUGUUCAAGACGAAGUUCACCGAAGGCGUCUUCCACAACUUUGCGCUGACUCUGGACUUUGGGAAGAACUUGACCCAGGUGUUCUACUCCCAGGGGUCUGACCCUCUCGUCGCUCAGGGCAAGCCGAUCGAGAACGACAUCCAGGGACAGGGGCAGUAUCACUUUGGCGUUCUGAAGAAGUCGGUCAACGGCACGGGCGAUCUGACCAAGUCGGGUUUCCACGAGUCCGGCAUCAACGAGGGCAUCAUCUUUGGCAGUAUCUUCCUGGAGGACAGCGUUGACGGCUGCGUGACCUUGUCUCUCUAG